AUGAAUUACCUCGAUAAAACUCACAACGAGAUCCAACUCACGGGCAUAUUCAACCCCAGAGGCCCGUAUAAGAAGUCGCUCAUUCAUUUUGCCGCGAUGGGAGAUUGCACCGAGCUUCUUCAAAGUCUGCUGGACAUCGGUGCUCCUGUCGACGAUCUUGAUCAUAAUAAACGAACACCUCUCUCCUGGGCUGCAGAAUAUGGCUCGCUCGGCGCCACCCGAAUUCUGCUGAAGAAAACUGCCAAGGUUAAUUCACUGGAUGAUAUGUACUGCUAG